UGGCCGCGCCCAUGAAACAGAUAUUUUGGUGUGGAUGCAGAAAAAAUACCCUUUUUACUCGAAAUCUGCUCCAAAAAUCAAGAGUAUUUAGUGUCCAGCGGUAUUGCGAGCAGGCUGAGAAAGACCCGUCUGCAAAGCACCAUCAUCAUCACCAUGAGCUGAAGCAACCGUCAAACAUCUGGAAAUACACCAUUGAUAAAUACAUCAAGUUUGUUGGGUGGUAUGAAGUGAAGUUGAAGAGAUUCCCAAAGGCCUUUCAUAUCUAUAAACUAUUCAAAGAUGGCAUUGCAGAAUUCGGAUCUGGGGCCAAGACCUAUGCGAGCGUCUCUGUCGAUGUGUGGACUGGUACGCCUCUUGAUAAGUUCACACGGCACCAGUUGGAGAUCUACCGCCAAAUGCCGAGAGACAUGCUCAAAGUGUUUCCGGUGCUUGCUAUAUCAAUUCUACCCUUUGCUAACUAUGUCAUUUUCCCAAUUGCCUAUCUCGUCCCUCGGUACCUCCUAUCACGCCAGUUCUGGACGCCAGAACAACGCAUCGAGUUUCCCCUGCAAGAUUUGAAACAUCGUGUGGAUCAUUAUCAUAAGAUAUUUUAUGCCAUGAGGUUAAACAUGAAACAUAUAGAACAUCCUUUAUAUAAAUCAAAGCUCGAGCAAGUUGUUGACAAGUUAGAGUCAAAGUCUCACCCAAAAGUCGAAGAAAUCUUAGAAACCAAGUCGUUAUUUGAGUAUGGUGCUUAUCAACUGGAUGAAUUAUCAGUCACAUAUGCUGGUCAUCUCUCACGUAGUAUGCUCAUGUCCAUGUCUCGACGUAAGCUCUGGGAACAAGCCUUCAUCCUACACCACAUAGACAAGGCCUUGGCCAAGGAAGGCAUCGAGAAACUCACCGAGUCUGAACUUCAACAAAGCUGCUUGGCUCGGGGUUUGAAUCCUGUAGGUUUAUCGACCGACUCAAUGAUUGCAUUCCUCAAGACUUGGACGGCCGUGUCGUCUUCUCUCAAUGAGGACAACCAGUCACUCCUGCUCCAUCUUCCUGUCCUCCUCACCUUCCAUCAUCCUAACAAUGUCAAGUUGUAUAAGAAGAAACGGAUCGCUCAGAUGGACCGCAAGAUGAAGGCCUCUAAGUAAAAAAGGAAAUGAUUUUUCUGUAACUAGGUAUAAACACACCGCGUUCAGGUCUUUGAACCUGAAAUUCUCCCUCGCGUUGUGUUAUAGGUCAUGUUAUGCAAGAAAUCUAUACAGAAAUGUGGCUGAUAACUUUGGAUACUUGGGAAUAUACAAAAGAGAAAGAGACAGCCUGUCAAAGAUUGAACGUGUCAGUGUCGCUUGAACUUAGCAUAGAUAGUAAUUGCAUACAUGUCUACACAGCAAGAUAACAUAUUUACAAAGUAAGAUUGGUGGACACAUUCUAGUAGAGUGAUUCUGUUGUAGAUUUUAUAUAGAAAUAGAACAUUGCAUAUUGUUAAGAUUUUAAUAAAUUUGUUUUCUAAAAAAGUA